UGGUGUUUAUCGCAAUCCUUGUGUGUUUGUUCUUUGUUAAUGUCCCUAAAAAUCUUAUUGCGUGAUUUUUCAGGAACACUAAUUUUGAUUAGGGAACUAAAUAUUUGGCAACAAGGGACUAUAUCAAAUUUCUCUGCAAGCCCAAGAGCAGACAAAGGAAUGAUCAAUCUUUACAUCUGGAACUGCAGUGUCCCAGGCUUGAGAGGGACGUUAUUUGAAAAUGUUAAUAUUCCGUUUGUACUCUUUUUCCCCGCCACUUAUCCCAAGAAACCUCCUUGUUGUUUUCUUGAACCCCCUUUUAUUACACAUUUAAAUGUCUUUUCCUCGGGUUUACUUUUACUAGACCUUUUUAGCGACUUCUGGGAUCCUACUACUUCGUUAUAUGAAAUAUUGUUACAAGUUCAAACUGUACUACACACUCCUAAUGAAAGAUCCGUAGCCUCUGCUGAAGCCUAUGCUCUUUAUAGAUAUGAGCCCGAAUUGUACAAAAAGCUAUUAGAUGCACAAAUCCAGGAGUUUUAUAGUAAACAGAAACCGGAGUAG